ACCGACCGGCCCUGAUUCGAGAGAAUCCAAUCCAACCAAAGCAACACAACACAACACAACGCUUCCUCCUCCUCUCCCCUCGAAUCGAUCCCCUCCAAACCCGCCGCCGCUGCCGUGGACUUCCUAUCCCCAUCCCCACCGGCGUUCUCGUCUCCUCUAGCCUCACCGUCGACCUCCCGCCCCGCCCUGCAUCCCGUCGCCGGCGCCCCCACCCUCUCCCCUCUCCGUCUCUUCCUAGGAGGAAGCGAGGCCUCAGAUCCACAGGCCGCGGCAACCACCGCCACCGCGUCCUACUCCUUCCACCCCACCUAGCCGCCCUCCGCCUCCACAGCUCUCCGUCCCUCCCUCCCUCCUCGCGCCCGCAGCCAUGUCGACCGAGCUCAGGACCCCUCUCCUCCAAGACCAAAACGCAGGCAGCAGGCCAGGGCGACUUCAGCGCCUCCCUUCUCCUGGACGGCAGUUCAGUCAUGUUGGUCGUGCGCCCCCACAACCAGAGAGGAGGGGAGAGGAGGCGGAGAUGCUGCUGCUGCACGGGCUGACAGGGAAGAACAAGCAGGCGUGGAAGGAGGGCAAGAUCCGCGGCACGGCGGUGCUGGUCAAGAGCAGCGUGCUCGACCUCGGCGACUUCAACUCAUCCGUCCGCGACGGUGUCCACAAGAUCCUCGACGGCCAAGGACGAUGGCGUCUCCUUCCAUCUCGUCAGCGCCACCGCGCCCAACCCCCGUUGUCAACAAAGAAAGGAAGAAAGAAAGAAAGAUCCAUUUCUCCAUGGAAGGAGGAAGGGACAUCUUGAUCGCAAGUGACUGACUGGAAGCAACCGAGGGAGGUAAGAUGCAUGCAUAUUCAACUUGCUGGUUUUCCAAGUUUUUGUUUAAUCAACUUGUGGGUCGACACGGCCGGCGUUGCUGGAUGGCAUGGCAUGUCACGCCCGCGCCUGCAAGUCCUGUGUGUAGCAAUGGCGCAACUUAGUGGAUCCUUUUAAUUUAGGAUCUAUUCUCCUACUCUCUGAAUAUUGUUUCCAUAAGCUCCAUUUUAUCUUCAGUUACCUCAACUUGUACAAUGUUAAGUGAGUUAUCAAAACGGUGAAUUACU